CGUUCGUGAAUGACAAUGACUGUAAUCCACAGAUGGAAGGCUGUCGGAAGCCCGACCCCAGAAAAUGAUGACUUUGACCAAUUUGAUAAGCCGGGUGCAGAGCGGUCCUGGAGGAGAAGGGCUGCAGAUGAGGACUGGGACAGUGAACUUGAAGAUGACUUACUUGGAGAAGAUUUGCUGUCUGGCAAAAAGAAUCAGUCGGAUUUGUCAGAUGAAGAGCUGAACGAUGAUCUUUUACAGAGUGAUAAUGAAGACGACGAAAAUUUCAGUUCUCAGAGUGUCACAAUUAGUCUGAAAACCACAUCUGGCAUGGUCACAUCAUAUGAACUGGCUGACAACACUAAUGACCAGUCUGGAGAACAGGAAUCCGAGUAUGAGCAAGGAGAGGAUGAACUGGUUUAUCACAAGUCCGAUGGGUCUGAAUUGUAUGCUCAUGAGUAUCCGGAGGAAGGACAGUAUGAAGGCCAGGAUGCCGAGCUGACAGAAGACCACAUGGAGUAUGUGGAAGAGCCAGAGGAGGAGCAGCUGUACAAUGACGAAGUGUUGGACAUCGAGAUCAAUGAGCCUUUAGAUGAAUUCACAGGGAGUAUGGAGACUUUGGAAAUGCAGAAGGAAAUAAAAGAAGAAUCAGAUGAAGAAGAUGAUGAGGAUGAAGAAUCUGGAAGAUUGCGUUUCAAAACUGAAAGGAAAGAAGGAACAAUUAUUAGGCUCUCAGAUGUAACUCGAGAGAGAAGGAACAUUCCAGAAACUUUGGAGCUUUCAGCAGAAGCCAAAGCUGCGUUGCUUGAAUUUGAAGAAAGAGAACGCCAGCAUAAGCAGGGCCGCUAUGGUUCAAGGCGGGGCGGAAGGAGAGGAGGUCCUUUAAUGUGUCGUGGAAUGGGGGACCAGAGAAGAGAGAACAGUGAGAGGGGCCGCAUGAAGGACCACAGACCUGCGCUGCUCCCCACACAGCCUCCUGUGGUGACGCACUCUCCAAGAUUAAUUCCUCCAACCCAGCCUCAGCCUCCCCCCCCACCGCCACCCCAGCAGCAGCCCAUUCGGAGCCUGUUCCAGCAGCAGCCCCUGCAGCCCCUGCUGCCCCUGCAGCAUCCGCACCACCCCUCCCCUCCACAAGGAAUGCAUGUGCCACCCCAGAUGGAGGCGCCCAGGGUGAUGAUGACCCCUCCACCCGUGACCCCACAGCAGCCCAAGAACAUCCACAUAAACCCCCACUUCAAAGGAGCGGUGGUGACACCCGUGCAAGUGCCCUUGCUGCCAGUCCCGAGCCAACAGAGACCUGCGGUGGGACCCCAGAGAUUCCCAGGCCCUCCAGAAUUCGCACAGCACACCCCUGGACCGGUUCCCAACAAUUUUAGCCAGCCCCCGCGGCUUCCUCUGCAGGACCAGUGGAGAGCACCACCCCCUCCCCAGGAGCGAGACCCCUUCUUCUUAGGAGUUUCAGGUGAACCUCGUUUCCCGAGUCAUCUCUUUCUGGAGCAGCGAAGCCCCCCACCACCGCCACCCCCUCCCACACUUCUCAGCAGCGCUCACCCUGUGCCCACGCCCAGUCCCUUACCAUUCACUCAGCCCGGACCAGCUUUUAAUCAGCAAGGACAGCAGCCCGUGUUCCCUAGAGAGAGGCCUGUGAGGCCCACCCUGCAGCCUCCAGGUCCCGUGGGCCUGCUGCACUUCAGCCAGCCAGGGUCCGCUGCCACGCGGCCUUUCAUUCCUCCUCGACAGCCCUUCCUGCCGGGCCCUGGACAGCCAUUUCUGCCCGCACACGCACAGCCUAACCUGCAGGCAUGGCAGGGGCCCCUGCACCCCCCGUUACCCCCUCCCCACCAGCCUCCACCGCAGCCUCAGCAGCAGCCCCCGCUGCAGCCACCUCCGCAGCACCCACCGCCCCCCCAGCCGCAGCACCAGCCUCCUCACCAGCCGCAGCAGCACCAGCACCACCACCACCUGUCUGUUCCCCCGCCACCUCUGAUGCCCAUGUCGCAGCCCCAGUUCAGGCCUCACAUGCAGACGGCUCAGCCUCAGCAGAACAGCAGUCGGAUGCAGUGCCCCCAGCGCCAGGGGCUGAGGCAUAAUACGACGUCUCAGAAUGUAACCAAACGGCCAAUGCAGCAGCUGCAGCCAACUGCUGCCAGAAACAGUAACUUGCGUGAGUUACCAAUAGCGCCCUCGCACGUCAUGGAACUGAGUAACAGUCGUGGUGCAUCCACCCCUGGUGCUCAUGGAAAGCCGAUGGACAGCAUGUCACCACCCUUGAGACCUGGGCCUAGGAACACACAGGGGAAGACGGACUUGAAGGCCAAGCCCAUUAGCCCUGAGGGUCAACCUAAGGAAGAAGCAAAAGCAGAACCAGAGUUUCCCGAUGAAGAUGAAGAAACGAGGCUGUACCGCUUAAAGAUAGAAGAGCAGAAGCGCCUGCGGGAGGAGAUCCUGAAGCAGAAGGAGAUGCGCCGGCAGCAGCAGGCCGGAGCCAGGAAGAAGGAGCUACUGGAGAGGCUGGCGCAGCAGCAGCAGCAGCAGCAGCAGCAGCAGCAGCAGCAACAGCAGCAGCAACAGCAACUCUGCAGCACUGGGGCCCCUGCGGAGCGGGAAGAGCCACCGGCAUUGCCAUUGCCGUUGCCCACCAAUGGAAACCCCUUGCUACCCUUCCCUGGUGCCCAGGGCCGACAGAAUGUGAAAAACAGACUUCUCGUGAAAAACCAAGAUGUUGCUCUUUCAAGUCUUCAGCCGAAGACGUCAAACUUUGUGCCACCUGGUGCUAACAUGCAGUAUUCAGGACAGCCAGUCAAACCACUGAAGCACUUGAGACACAGAGUCCUGCAGGCACAGCCCGAGGAUGGGGACGAGCCGCCCCCAGCACAGACCGCCCGAGUGACAGCCCUCCAGGGCCGGCCCCCUGACUCCAAGCCUGGCGCCAAAAGGACUGUCAUGCACCGGGCAAACAGCGGUGGCGGAGAUGGGCCGCAUGUCAGCUCCAAAGUCAGGGUGAUUAAGUUGUCAGGUGGGGGAGGAGAGAGCGAUGGCUUUUUUCACCCGGACGGCCAGCCCCAGCGGCCUCCCCAGCCUCCAGAAGUGAGACAGCAGCCUGCCCGCAAGGUGACGCUGACCAAGGGGGCCCUUCAGCAGCCCCAGCACCUGCCAGUCGGGACCCAUGUGUACUCAGCAGGCCCUCCGGGCAUCAAGAGCAUCCAAGGGAUUCACCCCGCCAAGAAGGUCGUCAUGCAUGGCAGAGGCCGGGGAGCAGCAGGGCCAAUGGGCCGCGGGCGCCCGAUGCCAAAUAAGCAGAACCUGCGGGUGGUGGAGUGCAAGCCGCAGCCCUGCGUCGUGUCUGUCGAAGGCCUGUCGUCAUCCACCACUGACGCCCAGCUGAAGAGCCUGCUCAUGUCAGUGGGACCCAUCCAGAGUUUACAGAUGCUUCCCCAGCAACGGAAAGCCAUAGCCAAGUUUAAGGAGCCAGCCCAUGCGUUAGCAUUUCAGCAGAAGUUCCACAGGCACAUGAUAGAUUUGUCCCACAUAAACGUGGCCCUGAUUGUGGAGUGAUUUCUAGCAGGGAGGCCGACCUUACACUGCACACACAGCUGUGGACUUGCUUCAAGGAAGCUGCCGGCACAGGACCUGCCAGCGAGGUCUCCGUCCAGUCUGCUAACUCUUGUCCAGAGCGCCGGGCUGCCCAGCGUUGGUUCCAGGAGAGCUGAACUUGCAGGACAUGGCAGGCUGGAGUUCGGUGUUGAUGGCUUCAAAUUCUGUGGCCACUUCCGAGAACUCCAGUUUUUGUUUUCUUUUGUUUUCAAAGUGCUUACAAUGCAUGUAGACACUGUUCUUCGUAAUUUUACCGUCUGAUCGAUCGCUCACCGUGACUUAGGUUCAGGGAGGAACAUUAGCAGCACAAAUUCUGAGUACUUUCCACAGCAAAGAAUAUUUGAUAAUGGUUGCACUUAUCUUCAGUGCAGGCUAGACCAGAGGUGUCUUCUCAGAAAGCCCUCUACUGGUUCUUGUAAAAACAGGCGAAAAUGUGGGUGAUUGUGAUUGACAGCUGCCUAUCCCAGAAAGCAGGGUGUGAGGGCGGGUGGGGCAGGGGCAGGGGUAUGGUGCGGCAGAUUCUGCUUCCUAUGCACCAGUUGCAUAUUCCAAGUUCCUGAGGGGACUCCCCACCCGUUUUUAAGUUCUGAAAUAGGGCGAGGACCAGGUGGUCGCCACUGCGCUUCCCUGGGGGCAGAGAAGCCAGGGUGCUGCUCUGGCCGGGGCCCUCACUGGAGCUCCCUGUCUGGUGGGGUGCACAGUGGGCCUGCCGGGCGGAGGGACAGCUUGAAGCUUGAAUAGACUUGGUUGGUUUUUUUCUCUUUAAAUGCAGCCCAAAGCGGCAGAUGUCACUGACUCUGUGGCAUGCAGCGUUCUUCGGGAAGCUGGCUCUCAUUGCUUUGAUUGAUCUUUUUUUUAUAAGGCCUUAGAGUGGCGCUGCGUUGCCCUUCAGUAGACCCGAGGGCAAGGCGACAUAGACCCCAGCACACCACUCUCCACGGUGUGGUGUGAGGGAGGCUGUCUCACAGGGACCGUGAGACCCAGAGCAAAGUGUAUGUGUCACCCAUGAGUGAGGGUGUGUGGGCUCCUUAAGGUGGGGCCGUGCCCCCACAGACCAACCUUAGGAGAAUUGAUUCUGGGUGAGCAUGGAGAAGUGCCUUACUGCAUUUCUGCUCACGCAGGAGUUCACUAGCAGUUACUCUAACGUGGACCUGACUGAGCGAAUGGCACUGGGGCACACUUAGACUUUUUAGCUGUGUUUUAUACCUAAGACGUCACGUCAGAGUUACCCAUAGAAGUAAUAGAAAUAGAAGCAUGUUGCCACGUACUGUCUGGUUAGCCCAGCGGGGACCAGAUUGGGAGCCCGGAGGCCUGUGCAGAGAUGCUCCUCGAGACUCGGCCUCCUCGUGGGAGCUGACCCAGGUUGUGGGGGCUUGUACCAUCGUGUUUGUACAGUUGAGGUUUUAUUUUACUUUUUCAAAGUAAGUGAGCAGAAGUGGAGGGGAGUAUCCAGACCCUGUGGACCUUGUGUAGUGUUGAUUCUCGAUGGCAUGGUGUGCUGAGUGAGCCUAGGAAACGAGGGUGCUGCUGAGGGCGCUCCCCGGAGAGGUCAGCUCAGGAAAGCGCAGGCACGCCUAGGGUCUGGGAGCACCGCCCACUGGGCACCUGGCACCCUGCUCCAGAGAGCCCCUGACUGACUCAGUGCCCAUGCCCAGCAGCUGCCUGACGCGGGCUCGCUGCCCACUCUCACACAGCUGCAGGUGAGCUCACAUAGAAACCGUAGCGCAGUGCAUUAAAGUGACAAGGUAGCCGGAAGCUCUAGUUACAGACCACUCCCUACUCUGUUGUCAGCAGGAAGGCUCACAGUUGGUGGACUGUCACCGAGGACUUCCUGCCACAACAAGAUGAGUUGAACAGACUUUUGCCGCUUUCUGAAAUAGUCGGAGUGUGCGGUGGCUUGGAGGCCACAGCCCUGCAUGCGGUCUCUGGAGCGUGGGUGUGUAGCGUCCUUUCCAAUCAGUGAUGGCGAGCCCACCUGCCGGCACCACAGCUGCUGCAGACAGACCCACGGCUGCUUCAGGGCAUGCGAUGAUGUGGGUGCCUGGAUGUGUCUGUGCUGUCUGCACACCCGGGCAUGCUUUUUCUCCGUGCCCUGUCCUCUAGGGGGGCGUGGGCCUUUUCCAGAGCCCAGGUGGGCACGCUCCACACGGGGCCACUGGGUGGGGACUCUGCAGUGCAGCCGGGCCUCGGGACAAAGCUGAGUUUCCUUGGAGGAAACGGCAGGAAAGGAAAGCAGCAGCAUUAGGGAGUGAUUUCUUCCCAUUGGUGGUGCACUUCUCGCAGGGCACCGAGCUGAGCCCUCUUGGAAGAUCUGUUGCAACCAUUAUCUCUGUUCUUUCUUUAUCAUGCAUUUAAAUGAGACGCAGAUGCAUCCAACACACUGUAAAUACGGACCUUUUAAACUGAAGUGUUAUUGGAGAUGUUUCAAUUCAGCAACACCUUAGCUCUUUGCUAGUUCUUUUGUGUUGUCUCAUCAAAGUUUAAUGGAUGCAGUUCCAUAAUUGUUGACGUGUUCAUGUGUAUAUCCGAUUUUUAUAAAGAUGGGAGUAAGUCAAUACAUUGAUCCUGACCUGUGUAUUAUUUGUUCACAAAUUCAAGAAGCUUAAAGCCAGUAAAUAUCAGUAUAUCUCAUAAGGUAGAUACAGUAGGUGAUGAUGUGGAGCCAUUACUUUCCUUUCGCAUUACCUUGUUUUGGUUUUGUGCUGUAACAAGUUCACCUAACUACCUAUCUGAGCAUAAGCUUGCAUUACUGUUGGUCUGGCCACAUUUGUUAAAUCCUUAUACUGAUAUUCUUCUAAAGGAAAAAUCUUGUCUUUUCUUCCCAAAAGAAAUGUUGAGGGUCCCGUGUCUGGACAGGCAGCAUCCUAAGUGGGUGCCUGUGGCCGCAGCCCCAGGGAGGUGGGGUGGGAGGGGGAGGAGCAGGCUUCAUCAUAUGCACUUUAAUUUGGGUCGCCCUCAUCAUGAUGGUAAAGGUCCUGAGAAACAAUUGUUCAUGCUUGGUUCUGUAGCAUCUCUGAACUGUGACAGUGUAGAUCCCGCACCCUGGGGUCUUUUUUUCAUACAGCAUUUUGCUUAAUUCUACCAACAGAGGACUUUGUUGCUGGGAGGAGCCAGGGAGGUGUGGGGGGAAGGGGCAGGAGGAAGGGGAGCUGUGGGAGAGGACGGUUUUGUAGAAGGAAGCUGCUGUAAUGAGACGUCACCAUGGCCUGUCUCCUGACACAUGCACUCGGGAGCAGGCGGUGCAGUCUAGGAGCAUGCGGGCGGUGGGCGCAUGGUGUGGUAGGUGUCUGCUGGCCGCUCCCGCGGGUGGUGGGAGGCGGGUGGAGAGCCAUCUUGAACUAGGUGAUCCUUCUGCUUUGCCCACGGGACGGCAGGUGGCUCUUGUGGGUAGAUGAGUAAGACCUGCUCAUCGAGCUGAUUUUGAGCAGUUAAUCAAGUCUUCUGUUUUGGCUUUCAUUGUUUUGUUUUGUUGUGUUUAUUUUGUGUUUUAUUUCUGUUCAAUCGAAGGUAAGCUUGACGGCUCGUAGACCAUUGGACUGACGGGACCCUGUUGAGGACAGUUAGGUUUGGAGUGAGGUCUGUGUGCGUGGAGCCCUGAGAGGCAGCACUCGGCUGUCCGAAACGCCCCAUGCAGCCGGCCGUCCUUGCAGAUGGCUGGGAUGGCGGUGGGCUCCUGCGCUGCCAGGGCCCUCCCUCCCUGCUUUUUGGCCCCCCCCCCCCCCCCUGGCUGCCGUGUCCUGUGAGACCUGCUCUUACUCCCCUCUGGUCAGGUAGAGGCCCUCCCCCUUGUGUGAUUGUUGAUUUGGAGAAAAUACUUACGGUGUUGUUGGUGGUUCACACAUUUUUGUGAUGUGUUCUAAAGGGGGAUCCACUAACAGGGAGGGCUGGGGGGAGGAGAUGGGACAGGAGACCCCCACCCCCACCCCAGGAAGGAGGCCACAGAGUCAGAUCAAUUAGGAGUUUAGAUUUUUUUUAUUUAUUUAAUGAACAUUUCAGUUGAUCUUUUCAACUAUUUUUAAAAUUUGUGAAUGAAGUGUCAUUUGAACACUCUUACAUAAGAACUCUCCAAAGGCGUGUGGCCUUGACUUACUAUUAAAUCCUAAGGAUUUUUGUGUAAGGUUCUUUUGCAACCUACUAGUAUUUAAUUUUUAUCACUGAAAGUGCCAUGGUUUUGUGCACUAGAAACAAAGCAAAACCCGCUGAUUCAUAUUGGAUCCCAGGUGUACCUUCCGCUGAUGGAUGGUUGGGAAGGGUUGUUGGUUUUACACAGAGUGACCUCCUUUUCCAGAGAAUAUUUACAACCUUAACUCUUUUCUGGGCUGUGUUUUGGUAGGAAGUCCUUUAAGUCGGGUGGGCAGCUAGAGCAGCGCUUUUAGUGAGGCGCUUUUACUUCUAACACUGAGAUGUGAAAGGCCCCCAUGUUGGGUGUUUUGCCUUGCUUUAUUUUACUAAUUUUAAAAGGUAUGCAGAAAAGUACAGGCCCUUUAUGAAGAAAUGUUAUGUGGUUUUUAAAUUGUAGUGGGUUCUGCAGAGUGGACAGGUGUAUUAUUUGCACAUACUCGGUGUUUAGUUGUUGAAUACCCUCUGGGCAGCUGCCUCGCCUGUUUCAGCAGGGCUCCCUCCCGCUGCUUCCAGUCCGAGGCGAGCACCAUGGGCGCUGCUGCUUCAGGACUGUCCGCAUCGCUUUGUGUCCUGCAGGAGGCCGGACACACCCCGCAGGGCUUCUGUGUGCGUGCGCACUCACACUGCCGUCUGAAGAGCAGAUGGUCCUUCGGCUUUAUAAUUCAGCUUUGCUUUUCACAGGCAAGGGAUCCAGAACUGUCUUUCCUCUGUGAGGGUUUUAACUAAGACUUUAAUUCCACUGUUUAAUUUUCAGGAUCAACAACAACCAAGCCCCCAACCGCUGUUUUCUCAUUUCUGAACUGGCUCUCUCCUUGCUCCUGCUGCUCGGGUGGCUGGGCCAGGUCGGGCCUCCUGGGCCUUCCUGCUCGGGACUCUCCCCCGAACCCCUCUGCCCCCACCACACUGCUCUCCGGAUGAGCCCUCCCUCCGCCUCCCGCCCUCCUUUGCGAGGGGGACUGCUCCUCCGCGCAGUUAGCACUGUUGACACCGGGAUGACCGCGCAGCUUUGCUUUGACAGGUUCGCUCCUGACUUGUUCCCCCAGGUCUCUGGCUGGAGAGAAUAACAUUGGGUUCUGUUACUUUGCAGUGUGACCAGGAGGUGUGCGUCCUGCACAGCCGUUGGCGUGUCAUUAACCCUCUGUUUUGCCCUCUACUUUGCAGGACCGCUUUUGCAUGAGUUCAGUGUUAGUAGUAGCCGUGCCUAUUGUUCUGCUGGGCGGUGCCGGCUCAGGCUGCCCGGGACCUUCCCAACCUAGUGUGCCACGGCGGCGGGUGUGGGCAGCUCCGCUGUCCCGUGUGAAGCUGUGGGCGCCGUGCGUGCUCGGAGCCGGCCGACUGCUUCCUUCCUCUGGGUUCACCUACUUCGUGUGUCUGUCCUACCGAGUGCACUGCACUCGCUUUACCCCACUUCCCACGCGCCCGUCCCUGGGACAGCCUCUCAGGAUAGAUGUGGAGAGUGGGAGUGACAGGGUUGGAAAUGUGCUGCUGUGUAUCAUUGUGUGCCUCCGUGCUGGACUGUGUUCUGACUGUAUUGUAAUGUGAAAGAUGUGUCAAUAAAGUAUCUGAAGUUUC